AUGGAUCAAACAAUAAACAAUACUAAUGUUACACUUCCUCAAGUACAAGACAUUGUGUCUUUAUCAACAACAGACACAACUACCAAAGCAACGAUGACUGUCGCCUACAGUAUCAUCUUUCCAGCGGCGUUGCUAGGUAACAUUAUCGUCAUUUAUCUCGUGUACAAGUUACCCUCGAUGCGACAUCUUACAAACAUGCUCCUUGUCAACAUGUGUGUGGCAAACUUAUUGGUGACGUUGUUUGCCAUGCCGUAUUCUGUUUUGUACGUUUUUCUUCAAUAUCAUUGGCUGUCCGGUAGCCUUGGCAACGUCACAUGUAAGCUGACGCACUUUUCGUACGCGCUCUCGAUAGCCGCCUCGAUCAUCGCUUUACUGUUGAUUUCAUUGGAUCGUUUUUACGCCGUUCUGUAUGCGCUCAGACGCCGUCCGCUCUUAUUGCGAAGUACCAAAUGGGCGUCUCUGGGAAUUUGGAUUUCUUCAUGUGUCUUCAUGUCACCGUACUUGUUUCAAUUCAGGGUUGUUGCGGUAAAAACUGUACCUUUGUGCAUCAUCAGCUGGGAACCUUUGGAUAACGAGAUCGCCUCUCAAGCCUAUUUCUUCAUCGUUUUCUUUUUACUUUACUCUCUACCUCUCACUGGAAUUGCUGUAGCCUACACCUUGAUCGGGAAAAGACUCUGGCAUAGAAAAAUCCCGGGGCAGCAUACUCUGUCCAAUGCGCGCGUCUUGGAGCAAUCGAAGAGAAAAGUGGUCCGAAUGUUGAUUAUUGUUGUUGUUGUAUUUGCCAUCUGCUGGAUUCCUGCGCAUCUAAUGCAUUUCUUGUCGUAUUUUCAAAGAGAAACAUAUUUCUCUCUCCAUCCUUUGGUGCUGUUAAUGUCCUUCUGGUCUUGUCACGCGAACAGCGCCAUUUCCCCUUGGCUGUUCUUGAUAAUGCACCACAACUUUAGACAAGGAGCUCGAAGGGUCUUCAAGGCCUCAUCUCUGCGCUCCAACCAACAACAGUCAUUUACAACCCACUGUUCCCGAGGAAAUAGUUUAAAAGGGCGACAAGGCCCUUCGAUGAGGAAUCGGAAAUCUGAUGAUAUCGCCUCAGGCAUCCCGCUUAAAUCUCUUAAAUGA